AGGUGCUAGAAAGCUUCUGAACUAUUCUCUGCACCACUUGCUAAGGGUGGUCUCUUUGUCAAGAAUUAUGCGGUCCAGCCCUCAAGGCCACACCAUUUAAUAUUCCCACUGGCUCCCUGGGACUUUUCUUGGAAAGAAUUGACCUGUUUUCAAGACACACCUAGGUACUAGUCCGUCCAGGAAUGGGGCCUGAAAAGAAUGUUGGUAUUUUCCUUCAGGUAUAGGUGCCUGGGGGUCAGUGAGAGAGGGAAAGGCUAGGGGUGGAGUGGGAGGCGGGUGAUCGACAGGGCUAGGAAGUGUCUCCACCUCCUUCUGAACGCGAAAUAGCCAAUGAGGUGGCUCGUCCCGGCCGGCUGGGCCGCCAGUGCCUUAUAGUAUGCAGCAACCGGAGGAGUCACGUUGGGGGAACGGCAGAAAGCAGCUAUCCGUUUACACUACUUUGCUCUAGCAGCUAUCUUAAUGAUUGCAAGUGCGGCGGACAUCAAGCAGGAGAAUGGGAUGGAAAGUGCCUCGGAAGGGCAGGAGGCGCACCGCGAAGUGGCGGGGGGCGCGGCGGCGAGGCUGAGCCCCCCGGCUCCAGCCGCUUUCCCCUUGGAGCCGGGGGACGCCGCGGUGGCCUCCGCCGCCGCCAGGGUGAGCCGAGAGGAAGGGGCAGCGGCGGUGGCGGUGGCCGGGGCGGCGGCGACGGAUCAGGUACAACUGCGCUCGGAACUUCUGGGCGGGCCCCCGCACCACGCCGCCGCCGCCCCCGCGCGGACCCCGCUGGCCUUCUCUCCCGACCACGUCGCCUGCGUGUGCGAGGCGCUGCAGCAAGGGGGUCACCUGGACCGCCUGGCCCGGUUCCUGUGGUCCCUACCCCAGAGCGAUCUGCUACGUGGCAACGAGAGCCUGCUGAAGGCGCGGGCGCUCGUGGCCUUCCACCAGGGCAUCUACCCGGAGCUCUACAGCAUCCUCGAGAGCCACAGCUUCGAGUCGGCCAACCACCCGCUGCUGCAGCAGCUCUGGUACAAGGCACGCUACACCGAGGCCGAGCGAGCCCGCGGCCGGCCCCUGGGCGCGGUGGACAAGUAUCGGCUGCGCAGGAAGUUCCCCCUGCCCCGCACCAUAUGGGACGGCGAGGAGACCGUGUAUUGUUUCAAGGAGAAGUCGCGCAACGCGCUCAAGGAGCUCUACAAGCAGAAUCGCUACCCGUCGCCCGCCGAGAAGCGGCACCUGGCCAAGAUCACCGGCCUCUCCCUCACCCAAGUCAGCAACUGGUUCAAAAACCGCCGGCAGCGCGACCGGAACCCCUCCGAGACCCAGUCCAAAAGUGAGUCUGAUGGCAAUCCCAGCACUGAAGAUGAAUGCAGCAAGGGUCAUGAGGAUUUGUCUCCACACCCACUCUCAGCUUCAUCUGAUGGCAUCACCAAUCUCAGCCUUUCUAGCCACAUGGAGCCAGUGUACAUGCAGCAAAUUGGAAAUGCUAAGAUAUCAUUAAACUCUUCUGGCGUUUUAUUGAAUGGAAGUUUAGUACCUGCAAGUACUUCACCUGUUUUCCUUAAUGGUAAUUCUCUUAUUCAGGGACACAAUGGAGUUAUCCUUAAUGGGUUAAAUGUGGGGAAUACACAGACGGUGUCACUGAACCCACCAAAAAUGUCUUCGAACAUUGUGAGCAAUGGUAUGGCCAUGACUGACAUACUGGGGUCUACCUCCCAGGAUGUGAAGGAAUUCAAAGUCCUCCAGAGUUCUGCAGCUAAUUCAGUAGCCACCAUGGCCUACAGUCCCAGUGCCCCCGUAUCAUUCCCUGGGCUGAUACCUAGCACUGAGGUGAAAAGAGAAGACAUUCAAGCAGUAGCUUCCCAGGAUGGGGGUUCUGUAGUGACUUUUACUACACCAGUUCAAAUUAACCAAUAUGGCAUUGUCCAGAUCCCUAAUUCCGGAGCAAACAGCCAGUUCCUUAAUGGGAGCAUUGGAUUCUCUCCACUGCAGCUGCCUCCUGUCUCAGUGGCAGCAUCACAAGGUAAUGUUUCGGUAAAUUCAAGCACUUCAGAUGGGAGCACAUUUACAAGUGAAUCUGCCACAGUCCAGCAAGGAAAGAUUUUCUUGAGCUCUCUUGCUUCCAGUGCAGUGGUCUACACUGUUCCUAAUUCAGGCCAGACUGUAGGAUCUGUGAAACAGGAAGGCUUAGAAAGAAGCCUGGUGUUUUCUCAACUGAUGCCUGUCAAUCAAAAUGCACAAGGAAAUGCAAACCUUUCUUCUGAAAAUAUCUCGGGGAGUGGCCUCCAUUCAUUGGCCUCCUCGUUAGUUAACGUAUCCCCCACUCACAAUUUUUCCCUAACUCCUCCUCUACUACUAAAUCCCACUGAGUUAAACGCUGACAUUGCCGAUAACCAGCCAAUGUCUACACCUGUGGCAAGCAAAUCUACUGUGACACCUGUCAGCAACACUAACUAUACAGCUCUUCAGAACUGUUCCCUGAUUACUGGUCAAGACCUACUGUCAGUUCCUAUGACUCAGGCUCCCCUUGGAGAAAUGGUUCCUGCAGCUGAGGACCAGGUGGGUCAUACCUCCCCGGCAGUACACCAGGAUUUUGUCCGAGAACAUCGUUUGGUUCUGCAAUCAGUAGCUAACAUAAAAGAGAAUUUAUUACAAAAUUCGGACAGCAAAGCAACUAGUAUCUUAAUGAUGUUGGACUCCAAAUCCAAGUACGUCUUAGAUGGCAUGGUUGAGACUGUCUGUGAAGACCUGGAAACAGAUAAAAAGGAACUGGCCAAGCUUCAGACUGUCCAGAUGGAUGAAGAUAUGCAAGACUUAUAAACUCCAUUGCCUACACCCCUUCCCAACAUACACACUCACACUCACACUCACUUCAGUUGGCACAAGCAACAAAUUGUUGCAGGAAACUCCAAAACAUAAAACAUUUUCCUAUUUAAAGGAAAACAGUCUAAUUGUGCAAAUAAAUGCAUUCAAAAAGACUUUGGGUUGAUCUGCGUGAAGACAACAGUUAACUACACAAAAGCAGAAAUGGCACUGCUGCUGCCUUUGUUGUGUUCACAUACAAUCUCUAAGAAGAUGGUGAGGAAGGAAUAAGAUGAAGUACAUUGAGUGAGAACAUGUCAUUUAGUUGGCAGUGAAGAUCUGAGGUCAAAAUGAAACUUGAUCAUGUUUUAAAUUGAAAAUGUAUACAUCUAAAAAUAGAAAAUUAAAUAUUGCUACAGACUAUUAGAAACAAUGCAAUUGUUUUUGUUUACUUUACUUCAUGGGCAUUGAUCUGAUUAAGAAACAUAAAUGGUACUCCAAACUAUUAUAAGACUAUAUUUUGAAAGUUAAGUAGUUUAAAUAUAUAUGUAUAUGUACAUGCAUACGUACAUUUAUGUUAUUCAGCAUUUUUGAGAAAGUUUUGGUUUUAACUCUCUACACAUUUCCAAAUGUGACUGCUAAUAGUUUAAUGUGACUGAGAAAGUUUGAAACUCCACUAAAAACUGAAACAGACUUCAGUGUGAAUGUAAAUAUAAUCUCGAUUCUAUAAGUAGGAUUUAAGUACAGUGAAUUUUAUUUAUACUGUGUGUUUCUCUUAUACUUCAGGCACCAUGAACUGAAAAGAAAAAAAUGCUUUCUUACUGUUUAAUUUAUUUUUUAUUGUUUGAACAGGAAGUGAAUAUCUUUGUUUCCAACAAAGUUUUACUUUUUUGUAGGAUUUUAAAAGCAAUGAUUUUUUUUAAGUCAGGAGUCUAUUAAGGUCAAUAUUAAUAACACUGAAACAGGAACUCUUAACUCCCAAUAUUGGAAUUUUGGUACUUUUCUUUUACACCUUUGUUCCUCAUUUAGCAGCUCUGAUUCAUUUAAAUAUGUUUUAUAUAGAAUUCUAUGUGCCUUUUUACCUUGUGGCCUUUUUAUAUUAGUAAUAAGGUACAAAAGUAUCAACAGAAGCACUGAUUUUUUUUCCCCUAUUAUUUAACAGGGUUCAUUUUUAUCACAGAAUUGUUUUAAAUCUGGAGAACCUACGUUUCCCCAAAUUUUAUGUAUAACAUCAUACAAAUGAGUAAACAACUAAUUAUUACUAAUGCUUUCAUUAUAGUGAAAUUAACAAGUCAUAGAAGAGCAUGUAAAACCAAUUCUAUAGGCUAUAAAACUAUUUUAAAGUGAAGUAAAUAGAAUUCAUGAAUUCUGUUGAACAUAAUUCUGUCCUGUUGAUCCUUCAUUCUCCAUGUUUUGAGUUGGUUGUUAACUAUGACACAUGACUAUUUGCACUAUAUUUCCAUCUCUCCUUUAAAAACAAAUCCUUUGGUUUUCUAUAAGAAUCUUGUUUGAUAAUGUUAGCUGUGUUUAAAGAUUUUUUAAUCAGGAUGUUAUUAAAUGCAAGAUGUAAUAAUGGAAAUACAUUUAUGUAGUCAUCACUCUCUGAUCUCCCCAAAAGCCAGAAAAGUGAGAAAAUAGUCUUUUCACAGAUGGCCUAUGAUUAUUAAGCAAAGAUGUUAUCACAUCUUGCUUUCUUUAGGAUGAGGUCAAAGGGUACAUUCUGGAUCUCUACAUGCCCUUCAGCUAAGCAUGUUUAAUAGGGGCCCUAGACUAAUCUAUGCUGUUAUACAAAUGCAACCUGCAGCAUAGACUAAUUAAUAGUCCUAUGAAGAUUUCCAGUCCCCAUCUUUUGUUUUGUUUUUCCUGGUCCUGGGGCUUGAAAUCUGGGCUUGGCAGUGAGUAUCUUUUGCUCAAGCCUAGCACUCUACCACUUGAGCCACAG